UUGGCCCGAUUCUUCAUGACCUCACGACAGGGCAUGGCGCGCCGGAGGCGACAACGCGAACAUCAGCAAACGCGUCCGCUUGGUGCGAUUGCCGACCGACAACAAAAUGACACAAUGGAGCGCGGAAGCACUACAGUAGGGUUCAAGGAAGCACCUACUAAUAGUGAUUACGGUUCUGAUGUUGACUCGAUUCACAUCACCGCAUCAAGUGACUAUGGCUCAGACAUUGAUCUCGACGGUAUAGACGAAGACAGUGUGAUAACCGGCAACGUGCCUAUCCAAAUCGCCACCCUCGCAUCCAAAACGGCUAUUUACCCAAGCGUAGAACUCCAAGCUGUGUUGGAAGGUCGAGAUGAAGGCAUCGCUGUACAUUGGCCCGGUGGGCCCGCGUUGCGAUAUGCUUACAGUUCGCCUCCGCAGCGCAAGAAGUCGCCGGUGGAGUUCGAGUACGAUGCUCCGUCGCGGCGUGCCUUCAGCGUACCCAGAGAGGAUCCUCUCCCGGAGAACGCAGUUUCGCCCGAGCGUGACAUGUCAGCCAAAGACAGCUCACGCACUCCGCUUGAACGAUUUCGCGCCCGUAAACCUCUUUCAGUCACCGAUUUGGUCUCACCAGCUUGGUGUGAGCUCCAAUACUGGUAUACCUUGACCAAGUUCGGUCGCAAACCACCAACGCGUGCCAUGAAGGCUGGUACCAAGAUACACCAUGCGCUGGAAGAGGAGGUCCAUACUACUGUGCCGGUCCGAGUAAUCACCAAGGAAGAUCGCUUUGGUUUGAGAAUAUGGAAUGUCAUACAGGGAUUGCGCUGUUUGCAUGACACGGGCUUGACAAGAGAGCUGGAAGUCUGGGGAGUUAUCGACGGCCAGGUCGUCAACGGAGUUAUUGAUGAGCUCAGUUUCGCAUGCCCGAAUCCGGAGCUGGAGGAACAACUUGAUCUUGCCAAGGUCGCGAAGAGCGGUGGCACAUUACCUUUGGGCCAGCUGACCAUAGAACACGCUUUCUCGCAAGCCCACACAAAUGCGUUGCCAGAUGGCAACCGUGACGCUUGGGUAGGGAACCUGGAGUCGGACCGACGGAUAUACAUUGCAGAUGUCAAGACACGAGGUGUGCGCAACAUCCCCAAGGGCGCCUCAUUACGACCGACGCGUAUGCAGCUCAUGCUCUACCGGAAAUUACUCGAAGCUCUUUCCCUGAAUACCGUGGAUGCGGAAACGGUAUUGAGGCGUUAUAAUCUCGCACCUUUGCAAACAUUCUCUGACUCGUUCAUGCUGGAAGCUGGAAACCUUGAUCGCAUGGAAACUGAAGAAGACGGCGUAGAUUUGUCAAACCCUUCUGAUCUGAAUGAAUUACAAACGCACCCCAAUCUGCUGUCUCUGUGGUCUUUGAUGAUCCAAGAGUUCCAGCGAGUGGUCACGUCAAUAAGUGAUGUUCUCCGUGUGGAGUUUCGAUAUUCCAAGACGGGCGACAUCAUCGGCAAUGAGUUCAUCGUUCAUGAGCCAGAAACUGUCGAUGCAUAUAGCGUAGACGAGAUCAAGUGGUGGCAAGGCAACCGAGAGGCCAAAGGCGUGGAAAUCGAAGAGGCGUUCAAGUGCCGCAUGUGCGAUUUCGCCGAGAUCUGUACCUGGCGCCAGGCGAAGAUCGAAGAGGCGACCGAGAAGAACCGGCUUUUGCGCCAGGCCAGAGGUAAAAGCUCUGUUUAG